AUGACUUCUCCGCCGGCUCAUGGCAUGAUGCCUCCUCUAGAUGAGCGCUCUGUCACGGGAGAAGAAACCAGUCGCUCUCGCUUUUGCGGUUUUCGCAACUUUCUUGAUCAUCUUGAUGGAUACAUCACCACUUCGCGUUUCGGUCACUUCUUUCGCCUCUCCGGCACCGGUCACCCCGAAGAGAUCUCUGGAGCGACCUUUUUUCGAGAAUGCCGCGCUGGCUUGACUACUUUUGCAACUAUGGCAUACAUUAUCGCCGUCAAUGCGGCACUGCUCCAACAGACUGGCGGUACUUGCGAAUGCGACUUGGUUGACAGAAACGCGUGUGACAAGAUCGAGUCCUAUAUGGCUUGCAAAGAAGAUAUUCGACGGGACAUCAUUACUGCUACAGCUGCCGUCUCAGGCAUGGCUAGCUUCGCUUUCGGUCUUCUUACUAACCUCCCCGUUGCUAUCGCGCAAGUCACUCUCCCCGGCAUGGGUCUCAACGCCUACUUCACCUUCCAAGUCGUCGGAUAUAAUGGAAGUGGUCCCAUCUCAUACCGUCUCGCUCUCACUGCCGUCUUCGUCGAAGGUCUCGUCUUCAUCUUUCUUGCUCUUACCGGCAUGCGCCAGUGGCUCGUCAAGCUGAUCCCUGCUACUAUCAAGACUGCCACUGGUGUCGGCAUCGGCUUCUUCCUCACUGAGAUCGGCCUUUCGUACUCUGCAGGAAUCGGUGCGAUUACUGGUGGAGCGGCUACUCCCCUUACGCUUGCUGGGUGUCCUCAGGAAAUGCAGGAUGUAAAUGGCAUCUGUCAAGAUGGGGUCAUGACAAGUCCUAAGCUCUGGGUUGCAGUCUUCUGCGGCGGCAUUAUCACUGCCUUCCUGAUGGCUUUUCGAGUCAAGUACGCCCUCAUUAUCGGCAUUUCUCUCGUCUCCGUCCUCUCUUGGCCUCGCAACACCUCCAUCACCUUCUUCCCUCACAACGCAGACGGAGAUCGCCGAUUCGAAUUCUUCAAACAGGUAGUUGUCUGGCACCCUAUUGAAAGGACUCUCAACGUACUUGACUGGAACUUUGGCGGAACAGCCUCCCAUUUCGCCCUCGCUUUGUUCACCUUUCUCUACGUGGACAUCAUCGAUGCUACCGCCACCCUUUACUCCAUGGUUCGCUUCUGCGGCGUCGUUAACCCUCGCGAUGGAGACUUUCCCCGUUCCACUCUUGCCUACUGCACUGAUGCUGCGUUCAUCUCUGUCGGCGCCUUGUUGGGAAGCUCUCCUGUGACCGCUUUCAUCGAGAGUGGCGCUGGUAUUGCUGAGGGUGGAAGAACUGGUUUGACAGCGAUGGUCACUGGAGUUUGCUUCAUCAUUGCCGUGUUCUUUGCGCCCAUCUUCGCAUCUGUGCCACCUUGGGCAACAGGAUGCACCCUUAUUCUGGUUGGUUGCAUGAUGAUCCGUCAAAUCACCCAGGUCAACUGGCGAUACAUCGGCGAUGUUCUUCCUUCCUUCGUCGUCAUGACCUUUAUUCCUUUCAGCUACAGCGUAGCCUACGGUCUCAUCGCUGGUGUCUUUGUUUACGCCGUCCUCAACGGUCUCAUCGGCCUCGUUGUCUUUGUCUCUCGCGGCUACAUCGAGCCCCGCGAGUACGACCUCAAGGAAUACUGGACCUGGAAGGGUUCAGGUCGAGCACCUUGGUUUGUCCGCGCCAUGCGCCACGGCCGAAACUCCAACGAAGAGGAAGACGACCAUCCGACUGGAUCCGAGCAUGCCAUGAAUGAUCUCAGCUAUGCUGAGCGCCGCGACCACAGCAGUUCCACAACGGCUGCGUCUACUGCCAAAGACGAUCCUCCCAUGUCCCCUCCUCCUGAUCGAUGGGGACGUUAA